AUGGAGCAUACUCUCAAAUGCAACGUUCUCAAGUGUCGAAAAGAGCUCAGUGACCAGGCCUUGGUUACCACGUGCAGUAUAUACCAGCGCUAUCUCGAGAAGACACUGACGGAGAAGCUCAAAACCCUGAACGUCAAGUUCGAAAAGACGGUGGGUGAUGCGAAUGCCGACAUUUCAGGUCUCCAGGAAAAGAUGCGAGCUCUUUCAGAUGACUACGACGACAUGCGACGGAAACACGAGGAACUUGCGCGUUCCUAUCAAGACAAGUGUCGCAAGCUCACACAAGUCCAGGAGCUCUACGACAAGGUCAAGCGAAAAGCUGAGUUGGGACAGAUGGAGGCUGCCGCCUCGGAUGCGGUUGACUCCAACCUCCAAUAUGGCACACAGUUACCGGCCUUCGAGUUUCCUGAAUCUGCAGCGAGGCAAAAUAUUUACGAACAGCAGUCGCAGUCUGCGUACAAUGAUGCGCAUUCCUACGUCGGGCCGGAAAGGGGACAUCGACGACCCCUUACUGGCGGAGGAGGUUCUGCGCCCUUGCGGGACGACAGAGCUUGGUCAAAACCGGGACCUGCGCAAGGUACGCCGGAUACUGUUAACAUGCGACGAAACUGCACACUGACCAAAUGUGCAGGCGGCUUCGUGAGCACCCCACGAGGUACGCCCCGAGGACAUGGCAGUGACAGCCAUGAGAGGUUCGGGCUAUCGACUGCAUCCGGGCUGGGUACGGGUACGGGAACACCAAUGCCUCGCGGUCCUUCGGGAAAUCUCCCACUUGCAAGACACCCGCCUAUUUCGCGUGGACGGGGCCUUGGAGUUGGUCUCUCUUCCGGAAUCCGGACUGGUCAUACUAGUCACGGUAGUUAUGGCUCUACAGGACGCAACGACACCGAGCCAUAUCCCUAUGGUAUUUCUUCCGGCCUUGGCCUCUAG